CACGUGACCCACUCGCGGCCCUGUCAGCUGAUCUCUCCUAAGCCGUGGCGGUCAUCUAGGCAGUGAUGGAGUUUCUUCUCGGCAGUCCUUUUAGCUCUCCGGUCGGGCAGCGCAUUGAGAAAGCUACCGAUGGCUCCUUACAGAACGAAGAUUGGGCUCUCAACAUGGAAAUCUGUGACAUCAUUAAUGAGACAGAAGAAGGGCCCAAAGAUGCCUUUCGAGCUAUAAAGAAAAGGAUCGUGGGGAAUAAGAAUUUCCAUGAAGUGAUGCUGGCUUUGACAGUCCUUGAAACAUGCGUCAAAAACUGUGGUCAUCGCUUUCACAUACUGGUUGCUAGCCAGGAUUUUGUUGAAGGUGUAUUAGUACGAACCAUCCUUCCCAAAAACAAUCCUCCAGCCAUUGUACAUGACAAGGUGCUGACCCUCAUACAAUCCUGGGCUGAUGCAUUUCGUAGUACACCAGACCUGACCGGGGUUGUAACUGUUUAUGAGGACUUGAGGAGAAAAGGCCUGGAGUUUCCCAUGACAGAUCUAGAUAUGCUAUCACCCAUCCAUACACCACAGAGGACUGUAUACACAUCAGAUUCCCAGUCAGGAGUUACUUCAUCAGCAGAUUCUCCUCAAACAAUUGAUUCAAUCCUGCACCCUGUAUCCUUACCACAAGCUCCGGAGACUGCCACUGAUGCCUCUAUCACACCUACGCCAGACCAGAUUGGAAAACUACGCAGUGAAUUGGAAGUGGUGAAUGGAAAUGUAAAAGUAAUGUCUGAGAUGUUAACAGAAUUAGUGCCAGGACAAGCUGAACCUUCUGACCUUGAACUGCUCCAGGAACUGAAUCGGACAUGUAAAGCGAUGCAGCAGCGUAUAUUGGAGCUGAUUCCCCGCAUCCUCAAUGAACAGCUAACUGAGGAGUUGCUCAUUGUCAAUGACAACCUCAACAAUAUUUUCCUGCGCCAUGAACGGUUUGAACGGCUCCGAUCUGGCCAGCCUGCAAAGCAACAAAAUGAUGCAGAAAAUGCAAACAAUCCGGUUGACAUGGGACCUAGUAUCACAUCAGCAGAAAAAGAUCCUGAAGUUGUCAAUACACUUUCAUCUCAGCUUGCAGGAAUCGAUCUAGGUUCUAGCAGUGUCAGUGCAGGUUUGCAGUCCCUCAAUAAUUCUAGCAAACUGGAAGAAGAGUUCGAUAUGUUUGCACUGACCCGUGGGAGCUCCUUAGCUGAGCAACGCAAAGAGGUGAAGUAUGAAGACCCUUUAGCCACAAAAGGACUAGCUGGAGCCUUGGAUGCCAGGCAACAGAAUGCAGGAGCAAUUCCUAUACCCCAGGCUGCCUUCAUGGAGGAAAUUGAACAGUGGAUCUCCACUGAAGUGGGAAACGAGACAGAAGAUCCAAAGGGUGUCACCAGUGAAGAGUUUGACAGAUUCCUUGAAGAGCGUGCAAAGGUGGCAGAUCGGCUUCCUACCCUUCCCAGUGCCCCUACAGGGGCUCCUUCCACAUCCACUAACUCUGGUUCUCAGCGAAAGAAGGAAAAAGAUGAGGACGCAAUGUUCGCUUUAUGAGCCUUUCUGUGGACAGAUGUGCCAUGGUUACAAAAGUAUCUGUGUGUUCUGCACUGCACUUCUUGGGGGAGAGAGGGGAAACAAAAGGAGACAAGAUCAGGGAAGAGAAUCUUCCCCUUUCCUUCUUCCUGCCUCCUUUCCAGGCUGCUUUGGGUUAGGUUAAUCAUUGCUGCAAUUGGGGACACUAAAGCAAAGCAAGCAGUAGGAAGAGGUUGCAGAGCUGUCAAAUGUAUUUGCCAGAUGAAUUGGGAUUUCUCUUGGGAGAUCUAGGCAAUCUUGGAUGUAUUCUUCAUUGUUUUGUUGUGUGUAUGUUUCUCCAGUGAUGAUGACUCUUAAAUGUCAUGCUGAAAAUGGGUAUUAGGAUUUGUCAUUUCUUCCCAAUCCCACAAGCAGUUGCACAGAAUUGUAAAACUGGGCAGCUUCUUUCCUUCCUUAUCUCGCUUUUCUGUAUUUUUUCCUCCUCUAGCAAUAGGGGGACUACAGAUCCAGUUUGCUGUGACAAAAGAGUACUGUUUAUGGUCUCUCUUCAGACACACACACACACCCCACAGGUACCUAUAACACUGUAAGUACUUCUCAUACAGACAUUUCUGCAUGGAGAAUUCUGCUCACAAGCCAAGCACAUUCACUGUCCAGUCCAGAUACCAGCUGCAUAGUACAUAAUUCUCAGCAGUAUCAAUUUCUUCCAAGGCUAGCUUCUUUCUAUCUUCAAUGCUAGAACGUCCAGGAGGCAAAGACUUUUCUGAAAAGAACUGAAUAUGAUGAAACCCAUUAUCAUGACUUUUCUCUUUCCCCCAUAAACUCCCCUUAGCGUGGCUUCCUACCACCACUCCCAAAAAGCACACUCUGCAAAUGACAUUCACCAGGUUUAUAGUUAAUGGAGAAGGGCUUUGGGGGAUGCAAUUCUGAAUUAUGCCAUGUAAUCGGGAGACUUGCUUUUGAUAUGCCAUAUUAAAGAAAUGACUUCACUACA